UUAUGUCAUUGAUCAUCCAAAAUAGCUCUUUAUCAAUAGAAAACUUUGAUCCGAAUAAGUCUCAAUAUGUUAUAUAUAUAACUCUUCAGAAUUCCUACGGUUAAUGCACUUCCUCUUUUCACAGGAAAAAUUUUUAAUUUUUUUUUUCUCCCCUUUUCUUUUUACAUGAUAUAAAAAUAUAUAUAUAUACAAAUAAGCUAUGAAAUUUGGAAAAUAUUUAUUAGAUAAUCAAGUUUCAGAAUGGUCCCGACAGUAUAUUGACUAUAAAAAAUUGAAAACCCGUUUAAGUCCACUUAUCAGUCAAUAUCGAGAAUAUUCAUUAAUUACAACAGCAGCUGAAAAAUCAUUUUUUGAAACCUUAAAGGAUGAAGUAGAUAAAGUUGAACUUUUCUACUUGGAAUUACUUGAUGAUCUUAGAACUGAUUUUCAAAGUUUAAUUUUACAAUCAUAUCGUUUGCAACAACAUCCAUCCGCAGCACCAACGUUUCAUGAUUUAAAUCAAAAGUUACAUGUACUUAUAAAAAAUUUAGAAUUAGUUAAAACUAAUUUUAUUCCAUUAAAUAAAGUGGCCAUUAAAAAAGUCUGUAAAAAACAUGCAAAAUAUGCUGGUGGAAGUGGAAGUUCUGUUGAAAUUGAAAAUUAUCGUAUUACUAUUACAAAAACUAUACAAGAAGAGCGGGCUUGGUGGAAAAAAGGAAAAACUAUUGUUUCUGAAUUAUUGAAAGAAGCAAAGAACUUUCAGUGGGAAUUAUGUAAAAUGACUAUUAAACAUUAUCAUGAUAUGAUUCCGUAAUAUGAGUUUGAAAUCAUGACAUAAGAAUGAUACCUUUUUUUAGAAUAAUUAUAUGAGUGAAUAAAUAAUGUAUGACUGUAUUAGUAGAGUGUAUAUGCGAAAUAAGCAUUGUACUUUUUUUUUAAAAAAACAAAUUGAGGUACCUCGUGAUAAAAUAUGUUGAUUUCACGAUAGUUUAUGGCGUAAUUUGAUUUACCAUUGCAUGCAUUAAAUCUUCCUAUAAUUAUAAUAAAAAUUAACUUUAAAGUCUAGUGAUUCUUUCUAUACCGUUUUUA